AUGUCAAAACUAUCCCUACUCUUUUUACUGUCCUACCUAGUGACAUUCACCGAACAAUGUCAACGAACAUUGUACGUGGUGCCAUUUUACAUGACCACCAGUUUGCCGGAAGAACACGAAUUUUUCCAAAACUUUCUUUCCAAGUGUUCUCAAAGGGCUAGCGAGGAGAAUAGCGAAACUGAAAUGGUGUAUAUGAGAGUGGAAGAGCCUAAUAUUGUGGAGAAAUGUAUAGUAGGCAAAGAGUGUAAUGAUAAGAUCAAGGAUUUUGUUCCUGAUUUGGAAAGCAUGACUGUUUUACCGUGAGUUUUGGUCUGGUUUUACGUUUUAAAGAUAUUGGUUUAGGCCUAAAAUAACUUACAUUCAACCAUAAGUUUUAUCUUCUAAACCUUUCAAUUCCACCUUAAAAUCAAUAUUUUCAGAUACAAAGACUACAAUUUUGUAAAUUACUUCAAAACUCACCUAAAAGACAAUGAUUGCCUCAAGUACUCCAAAGUGAUAUUCAUAACCAAUGUUCGAUGCCUUCAUAUGGACCGCUACAAAGACUUUAACAGUCUUGUCAUGGAGAUGAACUCGACCUUACUGGAGCUGAUGAGUGAGUACGAACUCAAGUUUCAUCUCAUGUGGAUUAAUGCAAGUAUUAUAGAUUUGAGUGCGGUACUGUAAGCUUUUAUAGUACGGUACUGUAUGCUUUUAUAGUACGGUACUGUAAGCUUAAUACCGUAUCAAGGCUUUCAAUAGCCAAAAAGUUACAGUAAUUAGGUUGAAAGUACUAAAAAGGUACUGUAUCAAUGCUUAUAGUACUAAACUUGGUACUGUAGAAAUACCCAUAGUACUCCCUUAUACUGUGUAGAAUUUACAGUACUAAAUCUGGUACUGACAACAGAAUUACAGUACGUAACUUAUAUACUAACUCAAAUUACGCACUAAUUCCUAGUAACUAAAACCCUACCUUUCAGUUCAACUACCUAUCACCGGUCGAUAAUCGUGACUGCGAAAUGGGACAUUUGGCCAAACCUUACGAUACCAAACUCUCAAUAUCUCAUAGUAGACAAAGUGGUAUGAUGUUAUACGAUUAUGUUCAUGUAUGCGAACAAUACGACAAUGACCUACACGGAUCUGUCAACGUAUGGCUGAUUAUUGGCCUCACCGUGCUGGGCGUGGUGAUUUUGUGCCUAAUUUGCUUUGGCAUCCUGAGAUAUUGCGAUUUUCCCGGCAAAAACAUGCUUAGGGUUAGGUAGGGCUUAAAAUGUUGAUUUUUAGGUUUGCCCUGCUCUAGCAAGGUAAUCCUGGACUAAAAUUGAAAAAUCAUGGCUUUAAGGUUUAGCCAAGAGUCUAGGCUACGCAUAAAAAGGGGUUUGCCUCACUUCAUAACCAUAUUUUUAGGUUUAGGCUAGCUUGAUACCUACUAUAACAUAAAUUUCAGCUUCAAAGCCCACGAUCAAGCCGAAUGGAAUAACUAUGCCAACUUUGAUUUCAAAAAGUAGGUUUUAGGCGUAUCAGAAGUUCAAAAAUCUGAAAAUUUUUCAAAGUAAAACCCUUUCAGAAAUCACUGGGAGAUCCGCCCAAGCCAACUCGUCCUAAACAAGAACAAGAUCCUGGGAAGUGGAGGCUUCGCUACAGUAUAUCUAGGCAGCUACUGUAAGGACGUCUCCAUAAAUGGCUCGGAAAAGUCGUCGAAACGACAAGUUUUCGUGAAACAAGAACAAAAAGUGGCCAUAAAGGAGGUGAACGAGAACGCCGACGACAACAGCCGUGCCGAGUUUUGGAACGAGAUCAACGUGAUGAAGAAGCUGAAUGAACAUCAACAUAUCGUACGUAUGAUGGGAUGUGUCAGCGAUCCGAUCAGUCCAAUAUUGGUCUUGGAGUACUGCGAACUUGGAGACCUACAUGGCCUUCUCCAGGCCAAAACUCACAAUCUAACGUUGAAGGACCUGAUGUCAAUUGCUUGGCAAAUUGUGGAUGCUAUGAGUUAUGUGGUGAUGAAAGAGAUCAUCCACAGAGAUCUGGCUGCCAGGAAUGUGCUGUUGUCAAAGCCUUUGACUGCUAAAGUGAGUCUCUUUAGUCUAACAUUAGAAAAGAUGUACUUGCCUGCUAAAUGGGUGGAGAUUUGAUAUUGUAGUAGGUAGAGCUAGCCUUUCCAAAGUUUUUAGUCGAUUUCGUUUCUCUAAAACACAAAAAAUAUUAACUUAAAGUUAACACAAGACAUAUGCUUUAUGUUAUAGUAAAUAAAGCAAGUAUUUCUGAAGCUUUCAUGAACUCCCUAUCCUAAACCUAAAAAUUUAACGUUACCUUCACUUGAAAACGUUCCACAAGCUAUAAACAUAAUAAAACGCACAAAAUUCAUUAGCAAAUGCCAAUAUUAUCAAUAAAAAUAAAAUUUUACUUCAGAUUUCCGACUUUGGAUUAGCUAUCAACGCUUCUCCUGAAACCAAAGCUUCAUCAACCAAAUUACCCAUAAAAUGGACAGCACUCGAAGCUCUGCACGGAACAUUCUCAGAGAAAUCAGAUGUGUAAGUUCAUUUACUAGCUUCUAUGGUCUUCCACAAAAUUAUAUCUUUAAAAUUCAUUUGGAGACCAGAUGACAUGUUUUCUUUAUGAAGAAGUUAAAAUUAGACGUUUCUUAAUAAUAUUGUUGUAGCUGGUCGUUCGGAGUUCUUCUCUAUGAAAUCUACUCUGAUGCUGCUGAUCCUUAUCCAAAUAUACCUGGAGAAUCCUUAUUAGGCCAUUUGGAAAAAGGCACUCGACCAGAUAUUCCCGAAAAGACACCUGAAAACAUGUAAGGAUGUUAUUCAUGACUUGGUUAACAAAACGUGUUGCAUCUCAAAGAAUUUUCUUUUAAUUUUUUAACAUUUAGGCUUAAAAGAAUCUACAGAUAUUGCAGAAUCUUUCUGUCAAAAAAUAUUUUAAAUUUAACAUUACCUAAACGAGUUGCUGCGAGGUUCCAAAGACAUUAUCCAUGAAACCUGUUGGUUAAAAUUUUUGUUUCUCGCGUAUCGUUGACCAUUCUUAAUUACCCUAUUAAGAGUUCACCUUAAAAGCUCCUUAAAUAUCAGUAGAAUCUUUUUCCUACAGCAUAAGUUCAUAAAAACGUCAUUAAUAUAUCUAAAAUUUCAGAAUCCCGAUAAUGACAUCGUGUUGGGAAGAAAAGCCAGAAGAUAGGCCAAAUUUUGAAAAACUUCAUGAAAAAUUCACCGAAGUCCUGGAUAAUACCCAACAAGUGUAUGGAUAUAUUGAUUUCCAGUCCGAAGACUAA